CGGGGGCCAGGGGCGGGCAUGCUCCCGGGACACCCCCCCCCCUCCGCUCCCAAGCGGCGUCUUCAAGGAGGCGGGACGGGGGGUAAGAGGGAAGGUCAGCUGACUCCCAUGGACCUUGUCCCCGCUCCGAGCGCCGGGUUGUUGGCCAGCUAUGGAGGCAGCGGCAGCAGGUCUCCAGGAGGCGGCUCCCCUCACCCUUGGCCUGGGGUCUCCUUGCAGGAAGUUUGAGUUUAACCCAAAGCUGGGCAUUGAUAAUCCUGUCCUGUCCCUGGCGGAAGACCAUGGCCCCUCUGACGCCUGGCUCUGCCCGGAGCGGCCCCGCUUCUGUCUGCUGAGCAAGGAGGAGGGCGGGAGCUUCGGCUUCCAGCUCCGGCAGGAGGCGGGCGGGGCCGGCCCCGCGGUGUGCGGGGUGGAGCCCGGCGCCCCGGCCCAGCGGCAGGGUCUGCGGGAAGGAGACCGGAUCCUGGCGGUGAACGACCAGGCGGUGGCGCACGAGGCGUUGGAGAUGGUGGCGCGCCGCAUCCGGGCCAGCGGCCCGCGGGUGCUGCUGGCGGUGGCGGCGGCACCGGCGCACGACCCGGCCCUUCUCUGCGCCCCCCUCGGCCCCGGGGUCCGGCCCCGGCUGUGCCACGUCGUGAGAGACGAGGGUGGCUUUGGCUUCAGUGUCACCCACGAACAUCCAGGUUCUUUCUGGCUGGUGCUGAGCCCCGGAGGGGCCGCUGAGCGGGCAGGCGUGCCCCCGGGGGCCCGGCUGCUGGAGGUGAACGGGCUCAGCGUGGAGCAGCUCACGCACAGCCAGCUCCGCAGGAGGCUGCGGCGGAGCGGCGCGCAGGUGACGCUGCUGGUGGCGGCGCCGGAGGUGGAGGAGCAGUGCCGCCGGCUGGGGGUGCCCCUGGCCGCGCCGCUGGCCGAGGGCUGGGCCCUGCCCGCCGGGCCCCGCCGGCUGCACCUGCAGGAGGGGCCCCGGGGCUUCGGGUUCCUGCUCCGGGAGGAGAAGGGCGUCGGCGGUCGCCUCGGUGCGCCUGUCCCCUCUCCUCUUCCUGGAGGGUGCGGAGACCGAGGACCCGCCCGGCGAGGACGCAGCCCUGCCUCCCGCCCCGCGUGGCUCCCGCCAGGGCUCCCGCCGGUGCAGCUUGUACCCCGGGCCCGGCGGCGGCUACGGCUUCCGCCUCAGCUACCAGGCCGGCGGGCCCCGCCUCUCCAUCGCGCAGGUGACGCCAGGGGGCGCGGCGGCCCGGGCGGGGCUGCAGCCGGGAGACGAGAUCCUGGAGGUGAACGGGCGCCCUGUGGACGGAGAGCAGGACGUGGACCGGCUGCACCGGCUGGCCGAGGCCGAGCCCCCUCUGUGCCUGCGGCUGGGGGCCCGGUCUCCGCGGGGCUGGAGCGAGCUGUAGCCGCGGACCUGCCCGACUGCCCCCCCUCCGCCCGGCAGGUCGCUGCUCCGCCGGAGCUCUGGACGCUGGAAACUGGGGCUCUAGGAGCCGGACAGUCACAGGCUGCCCAGCGCCCCUCCUCCCCAGAGAGGGGGUGUUUGGAGGCCUCAGGUGGGCCCGCGGCCCUCCCCUCCGCCUCCCGAGGAAGCCAUGUGGGAGGCCUGGACGCCAGCCCAGCAGGAAGCUGCCUGCCUGAGUGGCGGGAUUUUGGAUUUGUAAUCAAAAUACACAUGUGGUCUUCACCCUGGCACAGAGCUCCUACCACGCAAUAAGAGCAAUCAAGGGGCCUUUUGUUACUCAUAAAAUGCUUCUGGCACCGACUUUUGUCAAGGAGGUGACUUCUGGAAGCCUCUAAGGAUGGGGAGGGAAUGGUUGCCAGGGGAACCAACGGGGUUGAAACUUUCUCCCUCACCCCACACCCUCCCUGCGGGGCUCUGAAGAGGGGAGCCCCAGUGAUGUCACUGGCCCCCGCUGCCGUGAAGCCUCCAUGAAAAGCAGCGCCUGUGGAGGUGCCGGAGGGGAGGGGUCCACAGCGGGCGGGCAUUCCCUUCCCGUGUGCACACCCAGCUCUGCCUUCGGCUGUUUCCGAACUGUAUCCAGUAAUAAACUGGUAAUCAGUGAGCAGACUGUCUCCCUGCGUUCUGUGAGCCCCUCUAGCAAAUGAUGGGGAGCAUGGGAACCUCCGAUGCACACACAGCUCGUUGGUCAGAAGCGCUGGCGACCACCUGUGCCUGAGUUGGUGUCUGGAACUGAGCCCUCGCCCUGUGCGUCUCUAGGUAGAGUCAGAGUUGAGUUCAGUGUGGGACUCUGAACCUGGCGUCCACAAAAGAGGUGGAGAAUGCCUUACUGGGCCGAAACCGGUUUGGCUCAGUGGAUAGAGCAUCGGCCUGCGGAC